AUGUUAGCUCAUUUUAGUAAUUUCAGCCUUUCCUUUUGUGAUUCUUACACCAUCUCCGACCUGCUUCUGGGAAUGGCGAACCCGGACGGUUUGAACUGCAGUCUUCGGAACAUGAUGUGGGAUUUGGGUCGCGGGGGCGCGGAUGACGACGACGUGUGCAGCGGCUGCAUUCAAGCGUAUGCGAGGCUGGACCAACACGCUCAGGAAAAAUACGAGGAAUUUGAUUUCCUCUUUCUCAAGUAUUUAUCGGGGGAUUAUUCCGUCAGAUCACAUACCGAGGACUGUAAGUCAGUCUACAAAGCCUGGUUAUGCUCCGAAUAUUUCAGUGCUACCCAGACGCAGUGCCACCAUAGAAUUCCCUGCAAGCAAUACUGUCUGGAGGUGCAGACGAAGUGCCCCUUCGUGCUACCCGACAAUGACGAUCUGGUCUAUGGGGGAACGUCCAGUUUCAUCUGUACAGGUGAAUUAGACACCAGUCUUGACACUGAAUGCUGUGAUGUCAGAUGGAGCAGCUGCAGCCCAGUGGCGUCAGGCGGCUGCAAUGCCUCCACCGGCCUGCGGGGGUCGUUUCCACGGCAGCGGCGGCCCGUGUCGGCUGCCGCGCGGCUGGGCGGGGGCGCGGGCGGCAAACUCAGGCUGUGCGUGCUCGUCCUCUUCCUGCUCCAGACUGUCGUCAGCUUUUCCGCCGUGCAGGACAACGGGGGCGUCGCCAUGGAGACAUCCCUGGAGGAGGGGUCAGCCAGAGAGGAAUGA